UAACAAAAUUCCCGGCAUUUCGGCUGUUCUUCACAGCUGGCAACAUCAGUUAUAUGUCAAACUGUAUCAUUCAGUGAAUACAUUCAUUUCGUCCAUUCAUUCCUUGUUGCGAAUGUCAUUCACUCACCACCUGUCAGUUUGUGUCUGUCGUUCGUGGAUCGUGUUGUGGUUUUCGGUGCUCAAAAAUGUAUUUCGAGGCCUAAGCCCAAAUACAUUGUGUUAACAAUGAAAAGUAGUCCCAGUCGUAAAUAUGAGAGUUUUACCAACGAGCAGCAAGGGAAGGAAACGGAUAAAUACUCGCUAGACAGUCAAGACACCGCCAGUCUGCAUUCCAACCCGGAGGAGCGGCGUGUUAUCGACGUGGGAGUGGGCGCCGGCGACAUGUGGAUCAGCGCCGUAGAAGGGUCCAUCCUCACCUGGGAGGAGGUAGCUGACCGCCUCCACGUAGACGUCCGCCGCGGCCUAUCAUGGCGGGAGGCGAACGAUCGAAUGAACUUCGUCGGCCCCAACGAGUUCCAAGUCAAAGAAGAGGAUCCGCUGUGGAAGAAGUAUAUUGAGCAGUUCCAGAACCCGUUGAUACUGCUGCUACUUGGUUCCGCCGUAGUGAGCAUCAUCAUGCGUCAAUACGACGACGCCAUCUCCAUAACCGUGGCCAUCAUGAUUGUUGUCACAGUCGCCUUCGUCCAAGAAUAUCGCUCCGAGAAGUCACUUGAAGAACUUAAUAAACUCGUCCCGCCUACUUGUAACUGCCUCCGCGAAGGCAGCAUCGAGCAUUUCCUCGCGCGAAACCUCGUUCCCGGCGAUAUAGUCCAUCUCAACGUCGGCGACCGAGUUCCAGCCGACUUACGACUAUUCGAUUCUACGGACUUAGCUAUAGAUGAAAGUUCAUUUACUGGAGAGACGGAGCCAGCGGUUAAGAAUAUACUACCGAAUAAGGCGGCUGCUGGGAGGGUCAAUAAGGAUAAUAUAGCGUUUAUGGGAACGCUGGUGCGGUGCGGUAAUGCUAAGGGUAUUGUGGUCAGCACAGGCGAGCGCUCCGAAUUCGGCGACAUCUUUCGCAUGAUGCAAGCCGAAGAAGCCCCUAAGACCCCCCUGCAGAAGUCCAUGGACACCCUUGGAGCCCAGCUGUCCCUGUACUCCUUCUGUAUCAUCGGCUUCAUCAUGGUGGCGGGCUGGCUUCAAGGGAAAGCGCUGCAGGAGAUGUUCACCAUUAGUGUCAGUUUGGCUGUCGCUGCUAUUCCUGAGGGGCUACCCAUCGUGGUGACCGUGACUCUUGCCUUGGGUGUGAUGCGAAUGGCCAAACGCAACGCGAUCGUGAAGAAACUACCCACCGUCGAGACUCUGGGCUGUGUUAACGUCAUUUGCAGUGAUAAGACCGGAACGCUAACGAAGAACGAGAUGACAGUGACCUGCAUGUCAACUUCCGGCGGCCAUAUUGCGGAAGUUCGCGGCGCGGGCUACAACGCACGCGGCGAUAUCCAACUACGUGCUUAUAAGGGACGAGACUUGGAUGUAGCACGAUCUGCUCUUCAAAGCAUGCUCGAGGUGGGCGUCCUAUGCAACAACGCCGUUAUUCGCGACGAAACUCUAUACGGGCAACCGACAGAGGGCGCUUUACUCGCGGCGGCCAUGAAAAACGGAAUGGAUGACGUCAGAGAACAGUAUACGAGGCUGCAUGAGAUACCAUUCAGUUCAGAAACAAAAAUGAUGGUAGUGAAGUGCGCCCCAAAAUUCAACGAUGGCAAGCUGAAAGAAGAAGUGUUUGUAAAGGGAGCCAUAGAGAAGAUAUUACCGCUUUGCACUCAGUAUAUCGAUAGUGCGGGCAACUACUCUCCAGUCACCAAAGAAAAGCAGAAUGACUUCAUGACUGAGGCGUACAAUAUUGGCAGAAUGGGUCUCCGAAUCAUAGCUUUAGCCCGCGGCGCGUCGCUCGACGCACUCACAUUCACGGGCGUGUGCGGCGUGUGCGACCCGCCGCGGCCCUCCGUGCGCGACGCCAUCGCCACGCUGCGCCGCGCCGCCGUCGACGUCAAGAUGCUGACGGGCGACGCCAGGCCCACCGCCCUCGCUGUCGGUACGUAUAUACUGACUCGCGCUAACAUCGCCACGCUGCGCCGCGCCGCCGUCGACGUCAAGAUGCUGACGGGCGACGCCAGGCCCACCGCCCUCGCUGUCGGUACGUAUAUACUGACUCGCGCUAACAUCGCCACGCUGCGCCGCGCCGCCGUCGACGUCAAGAUGCUGACGGGCGACGCCAGGCCCACCGCCCUCGCUGUCGGUACGUAUAUACUGACUCGCGCUAACAUCGCCACGCUGCGCCGCGCCGCCGUCGACGUCAAGAUGCUGACGGGCGACGCCAGGCCCACCGCCCUCGCUGUCGGUACGUAUAUACUGACUCGCGCUAACAUCGCCACGCUGCGCCGCGCCGCCGUCGACGUCAAGAUGCUGACGGGCGACGCCAGGCCCACCGCCCUCGCUGUCGGUACGUAUAUACUGACUCGCGCUAACAUCGCCACGCUGCGCCGCGCCGCCGUCGACGUCAAGAUGCUGACGGGCGACGCCAGGCCCACCGCCCUCGCUGUCGGUACGUAUAUACUGACUCGCGCUAACAUCGCCACGCUGCGCCGCGCCGCCGUCGACGUCAAGAUGCUGACGGGCGACGCCAGGCCCACCGCCCUCGCUGUCGGUACGUAUAUACUGACUCGCGCUAACAUCGCCACGCUGCGCCGCGCCGCCGUCGACGUCAAGAUGCUGACGGGCGACGCCAGGCCCACCGCCCUCGCUGUCGGUACGUAUAUACUGACUCGCGCUAACAUCGCCACGCUGCGCCGCGCCGCCGUCGACGUCAAGAUGCUGACGGGCGACGCCAGGCCCACCGCCCUCGCUGUCGGUACGUAUAUACUGACUCGCGCUAACAUCGCCACGCUGCGCCGCGCCGCCGUCGACGUCAAGAUGCUGACGGGCGACGCCAGGCCCACCGCCCUCGCUGUCGGUACGUAUAUACUGACUCGCGCUAACAUCGCCACGCUGCGCCGCGCCGCCGUCGACGUCAAGAUGCUGACGGGCGACGCCAGGCCCACCGCCCUCGCUGUCGGUACGUAUAUACUGACUCGCGCUAACAUCGCCACGCUGCGCCGCGCCGCCGUCGACGUCAAGAUGCUGACGGGCGACGCCAGGCCCACCGCCCUCGCUGUCGGUACGUAUAUACUGACUCGCGCUAACAUCGCCACGCUGCGCCGCGCCGCCGUCGACGUCAAGAUGCUGACGGGCGACGCCAGGCCCACCGCCCUCGCUGUCGGUACGUAUAUACUGACUCGCGCUAACAUCGCCACGCUGCGCCGCGCCGCCGUCGACGUCAAGAUGCUGACGGGCGACGCCAGGCCCACCGCCCUCGCUGUCGGUACGUAUAUACUGACUCGCGCUAACAUCGCCACGCUGCGCCGCGCCGCCGUCGACGUCAAGAUGCUGACGGGCGACGCCAGGCCCACCGCCCUCGCUGUCGGUACGUAUAUACUGACUCGCGCUAACAUCGCCACGCUGCGCCGCGCCGCCGUCGACGUCAAGAUGCUGACGGGCGACGCCAGGCCCACCGCCCUCGCUGUCGGUACGUAUAUACUGACUCGCGCUAACAUCGCCACGCUGCGCCGCGCCGCCGUCGACGUCAAGAUGCUGACGGGCGACGCCAGGCCCACCGCCCUCGCUGUCGCUCAAAUGGUCGGCCUGGACGUGCUGCACUCCCAAUCUCUCUCCGGCGACCAGUUGGACACGAUGUCGGACGACGAGUUGGACCGAGUCAUCGAUUCGGUCAGCGUGUUUUAUCGAGUUACUCCGAAACAUAAGUUAUCGAUAGUGAAAUCGCUGCAGCGGCUAGGAAAUAUUGUUGGGAUGACUGGGGACGGUGUAAACGACGGUGUCGCGUUAAAACGCGCCGACAUCGGCAUUGCUAUGGGAAACGGCACGGAUGUGUGUAAGGAGGCUGCCGAUAUGAUACUAGUCGACGAUGACUUUGCUACUAUCAUCGCGGCGAUAGAAGAAGGCAAAUGCAUCUUCUACAACAUCCGUAACUUCGUCCGCUUCCAGCUGUCCACGUCCAUCGCCGCGUUAUCGCUCAUCGCGCUCGCCACGCUCAUGAGCAUACCCAACCCGCUCAAUGCCAUGCAGAUUCUGUGGAUCAACAUUAUUAUGGAUGGUCCCCCAGCGCAGUCCCUCGGCGUAGAACCCGUCGACCACGAAGUGGUUCGUCGCCGACCAAGAGACACGUCACGAAGAAUCAUUUCUCGAGCUCUCCUCGCUAAUGUCUUAUUAUCGGCUGCUAUCAUCAUCGCUGGGACGCUGUGGGUGUUCAACAGAGAGAUGUCAGACAACAAGAUAACCCCCCGUGACACGACGAUGACCUUCACCUGCUUCGUCCUAUUCGACAUGUUCAACGCGCUCUCCUGCCGCUCGCAAACCAAGUCCGUGUUCCAAGUGGGGCUGCUCUCCAACAAGAUGUUCCUGGCGGCCGUCUCGCUCAGCCUGCUGGGGCAGGCGCUGGUGGUGUACUGCGCGCCGCUGCAGCGCGUGUUCCUCACCGAGUCGCUCACUGGACACGAUAUCAUCUUCCUAGUAUGCUUAACUUCGAGCGUAUUUAUCGUGAGCGAAAUAAAGAAAUUAGUGGAGCGUUCGCUCAAGAAGCGUUCUUUUGGCAAGUUCCCGACCAAGUCGCACGACGCGCUGGACUUCGUAUGACAGGAGGAGCGGAAGGAGCAGUAAGUCACAGUGCACUCAAAGAGACGUGUUGUGAAACGGACAGUAUACAAUACUUAUGUCCAUCAUCUUCAGUGCACCUCCGAGAAUCUUCAACAAACGAUUUUAGAGUUUCAAACGUUGUUCUAUCUGAUAGUGAUAAUUUUGUGCAACUCGGAGACUCUUCAACAGGCGUGCAGCACACAGUUUCUAGCGACCCCGCGCAUCGCAUAGAUUCAGAUGUGUCUCAAUCUCAUGAUAAUUUCUUGCGCCUCAGAGACUCUUGGUCAGGUGAGGACCCCUUACUUAGAGAUUCAAACGUGUUUCUGUCUCAUAGUGAUAAUUUCGUGCACCUCCGAGACUCUUCAUCAAGUGAUCCGGUCCAACUUAGAGUGUCCGACGUGUUUUUAUCGCGUAGUGACAAUGAGUAUGCUAAAGAUUUGUAUAGAGCGGUCGAAAGGGAUGAUGGUGAAUGUUUUAGCAGCUGGCUUGGUGAACCGUUGGAUGGUGAGAGUAAGGUUCAGAUUGGUUAAAUUGUACUCGUGUAAAAGUAUGGUUAGUGAAUCUAGAUACAGCAGUGCUUGAUAAACCACGUCACUUUGGCCAUAGAGAAUUUGAAAUAGAGGUGGAUUGUCUAAAAAUUGUAGCCACAGUGAAUUUACUGCCAUCUUUCUACACAUAAUUAAAUCUUUUAUAACGCCAUUUGACUUUGAUCCUUAUUUUUCACUGAUAUGUGUUAAAUUUGUUAAAUAUCAAAUUGUGGCGCCAUCUUACCGGGCAUCGGCUAAAGGUUGUGGCGCCAUCGCUCGAAACGAUGCCGCCAUACCUUUGGCCUUUGAUCUAUUAGAUGGCGCCACAAUUUGAUAUUUAACAAAUUUAACACAUAUCAGUGAAAAAUAAGGAUCAAAGUCAAAUGGCGUUAUAAAAGAUUUAAUCAUGUGUUGAAAGAUGGCAGUAAAUUUACUGUGGCUACAAUUCUUUGACAAUCCACCUCUAUUUCAAAUUCUCUUUGCUUUGGGAUAGAGAUAAACCGUUUUUAAAUUGCGUGCCCCUCCCAACAGCCUAAACUAAUAUUUAUAAACGCAACUAUAAUGAAUUUUGUUUUGUUUCUUUGUGUAACAUUAUUAUUUAUUAGUUGUGACCAUAGAUGCUUUAUACUCUGUAUCUUUAGGUAUUUAAAUAAAAGUAAACAAACAAUUUGUACAUUUUCGGGUAGUUAUAAUAUUUAUUGGUUAACCAACCAAAUACAAAACCGUCUGGAUCUGUCACUGAACGACCUGACUUUAACCUACAUUAUUGAAUGAAUAAAUUAAAGUUUAUUCACGAAAACAUAUGGUACAGUAAAUAUCAUUAAGUUUACAUUAAUUUGAUCAUGUAAUGUUUUCAAUUACCCUCAACUGGCUUAAAGAGCCAUUUGAGGGUAGAUUUUGUUUACUUUUAUUUAAAUACAUAAAGAUACAGAGUAUCGUUCGAGGGGCGUGUAAUUGAAAAAAUGUCAUUAGUGAAUCAUUACUGUGGAAAUCUUCUUACUUUGUAACAAGUAACUAUUGUUAACCACACUUUAAAACUAAGAACCAAAUGUAUGGCAUCCUGUGAACACAGCAAUAGUUAGAAACAGUCUGCCCAUCUAAUUAUGACUUAAUAGAAAAUGGUUUAGAAACCUUCUAGUGUAUACUAUCAAGUCUAAUUUGAAAUGUUUGAUGACAGAAAUGAAUACUUAUUGAAAUAUUAGUUUGAAAACUAGUUUUCAAGAUAUCUUACAAAUUAUUGAGCGGUAAAAAUAGUAAAAAAUUGUGUUUGUAGAAUUUAUAAGUUUAGGUAAUCGACAUUAACUCUCAAUGUAAAACGCAACAAUUGUAGUUUUAAGGGGCUCCCUGACGCCAAUAACUUUCGAUCUUAGUUUUCAAAUAUUUUUUGUAGCUCAUCAUAUUAACAACAACGUCUUUAAGUAAUAUAAUAUGUAAUAUCCCAUAUUUACUUCAUUGUUUACGAGAUAUUUGGCAUCGAAGUUGAACAAUUUCCAAAAAACUGGUUUCCUGGCCAUAACUUUUGUAUUAAUAAAUUUUAUAUAAAAAUCUCUGACCAAUUUUUAGAGACGUCAAAGACGAAGCCAAAUAUGUCUAUUUCGUAUAUGUAAGAUCCUUCAUAUCAAUCGAGUAACGAAAAAAGUAAAAAGUUUUUAGAUAAUGUUUUUAAAAAAAUCAUAAAAAAAUAAGUAUUCAUUUCUUUCAAAAUCCGGCAGACCAGAAUGGACAUAAAAGAUAAAAAAACCGAUAACCCUUUGUCUUAUAAUUCUGUCUGUAGUGCAAAUGGGUGAAUCAACUGUUUUUUGUUUUGUUAUCCUGUCCCGUUGUCCAAGGGACAACAGUGGCACAGUUUGUUUGAAGAGACGUUGUAUGCCGAUCUAUUAACAUGCUUAGUAGGGGGCCCAUUAUGGACAUUGGUUAUAACGACCACAAAAACGCAAGUUUAAUACAUUUAAGUACCAUAAAAUCAGUAUUUCAAUGAACUUUUGUCCCCUGGACAACUAAUCGUAACCAUGGCAACGAGUGACGCUAAAAAGUUGAUUCUCCCAAAUGUAGGAGUUAGGACUCAAAACUUGUCAAAAUUCUAUGAAAACCGCGGGGAGCCCUUUAUUAAUAUAGAUUGAGUAUUAAAAGGUAUGUUCGUCCUACUCGCGCUCAAGUUUAGUGAGAUAGAAACACAGCUCUCGCUUUGACAUAUAGGCGUAUAGUGACAUCGCGAGAUUUAUGGCCUUGGAAACUAAUGAUAAAAUUAUUUGAAUGAAAUUUAACCCUUUAUAAGGCAUAAGGAUGUCAGAAAUUAUGCAAAAUUGAACCCCAUCACUUUGAAAUAAAGUUCAAAACAUGGAAAAUAUAUUCCCUCUACCUACAACGUAACAUACAACUGUAAAACAUAUUGUGUGAAAAUAUCUAGUUAUUUAGAUUGAAUAAAUUUUGGACGGCAGAGGAAUAAUAUUUAAAAACUAUGAUGUAUGACAUUAAACACUUUAUUUCGUAACCACAGAAAUAGCUAGGCGGGUAAGGUGUUCAAAAUGAUCUACACACACUUUUAUUUCUAACAGUUAUGCUCAGAUCAUUUUGACCAAUCUGCUUAGCUACUUCUGCUCCUUGAUUGCAUGUUGGAAUGCUUUUACGAGAUCGUUAUAGUAAUUUGAAAAAGGACCUAGUUGCAUGUAAGUAAGGUCCAUUUUGGAAUGUAUGAACACGCCGUAAUUUCGCAAAAGAGGUGACAUCUAGUUGAAGAAAUUAGUAACUUAAUAUUUUCCUAUUCAUUUUAAUUUAUUUUUCUACGGUUUUUGUGAAUGCCUCAGUAUUUUGUCGAAUUUUUUAACUAUUAUUUAUUUAUAAGUGUAAUUUAAUAAAUAUGUUGUGAUUAUGAUUUUUUUUAAGUAAAUGAAUUUUAGUUUAAUUUUGUACUGAUUGCUAGAUUAUAUUCCUCUUAUUUUUUUACUGUGGCAUGUUUUUAAAUAGGGCCAUAGAGUAAGUAAGCAUAGAGUGCUCGCACUAUACAUAAUUUAAAACUU